ACUACCAUUACACCAAAAAAGAAGAAGAAGACAAAAUGGCGUUUGAUGGAGAGGACGUUAUUGUGGUUAUUAUGGUUCUUUGUUCUUAAUCAGUGCGUACAUGUACACACAUAUGUUUUUAAUAGAGUAAACGUCGUUAAUAACUGUUUGUAUACGGAUACAUUAGUCUGAGCACAUUUUGACGCUUCGUUAGCUUAGCUUGGAGUUAGCUUAGCUUGCUAGUUAGCUUAGCUUGUUAGCUGCUAUCAAAGAGACGCAGAAGUUAUCAACACGUCGCCAAGCAGAGAUCACGUGUGAGUGUAAAGUGUUGUGAUUGUGUGAAAAUGUGCGAAAGAACGAUAGCAGAGUACGAGGAGGAACUUUGUCCAACAAAAGAGGAGAAAGAGCGACAACAUCAACUACUGGACGCUGUUUUCAAGAAACAUCAAGUUGUGUUAGACAGAACAGACAUCCAGCAGCCCCCCCACUCUAAAGAGGAAGACGAGGAAGUGUGGAUCACUCCGGAGAGAGAGUGUCUUCUCGGGCAGGAGGAGGCUGAUCUCACCAAGUUUCCACUGACUGUUGUCUCUGUGAAGACUGAAGACCAUGAAGACAAACCACCUAAGUCCUCUAAGCGUCAUCACAGUCCAAACAUCCAGCAGCUGAUUGGAUAUCAGGGAGAACGUGUCCCUCGAUUGCAUCGGGUGUGCUUCACUUUGGAUCAGGAGGCUUCGCAGCACCUCCAUUUUAAUGACAAAGAGAAGGAGCCACAGCUCACACAUUUUAAAGAGGAAGACGAGGAGCCACAGCCUCCUCGCCACGAAGACGAUUUCAAAGAGCCACAAUGUCAUUUUAAAGAGGAAGAAGAGGAGCCAAAGCCCCCUCAUGUUAAAGAAGAAGAAGAGGCGCCACAUUACCCUUUUGUUAAAGAGGAAGAGGAGGAAGUGUGGAUCAGUCAGCAGGGAGAGAGUCUUCUAGGGCAGGAGGAGGCUGAUCUCACCAAGUUUCCACUGACAGUUGUCUCUGUGAAGACUGAAGACAAACCACCUGAGUCCUCACAGCUUCAUCACAGUCCAAACAUCUGUGACGAACAUCUUCUCCCUGAGCAGCAAGAAUGGACCUCCAGGAUGGAGCAGAAAAAACAGCUUCCCCCCCACAUUAAAGAAGAGGAGGAGUCUCGGCCACCCCACUUUAAAGAGGAAGAGGAGGAACACAGCAUCAGUCAGGAGGGAGAGUAUCUUGAAAAACUGGAGGAGGUUGAUGUCACCAAGAUGCCAUUGACUGGUGUGAUUGUGAAGAGUGAAUAUGAUGAAGUCAAAGGUGAAAGUGAAGAGACGAGAGAGGUGGAGCCUCCAAGCAGCAGCUCAACUCAACACAUGACAACAGAAGCUGAUGGAAACCACUGUGGAGGAUCACAUGCCGACAAGAUCUUAGCUUCACUAUCAGAUAGUGACGACACAACGUCACACUCUCCUGACACUGAUGAUGAAGACUCUAAAGCUGAUAAGACAUGUCACACUGACAACACACACUUUAAAUGUUCUCACUGUGACAAAACUUUUAAAUACCGUUGUGAUCUGAAAGUGCACAUGAGAAUACAUACUGGAGACAAACCUUUUUCCUGCUCAGUGUGUGGUAAAGGUUUUGCACGAAAACAUGUAUUGAAAGAACACAUGCAAACACACACUGGAGAAAAACCUUUUUCUUGCUCACUGUGUGGAAAAGGUUUUGCACGAAAUAAUGUGUUGAAAGAACACAUGAGAACACACACUGGAGAAAAACCUUUUUCCUGUUCAAUCUGUGGCAAAGAUUUCGUAAAAAGACAGUAUUUAAAAGCACACACAAUAAUGCACACCGGAGAAAAACCUUUUUCUUGUUCAAUCUGUGGAAAAGCUUUUGUACAAAGUCAAUAUUUGAAUAUACACAUGAGAACACACACCGGAGAAAACAAUUGUACCUGUUCAAUCUGUGGUAAAGGUUUUGUACGAAGUCAAUAUUUGAAAGUACACAUGAGAGCGCAUAUCGGAGAAAAACCUUUUAUCUGUUCAGUCUGCGGUAAAGGUUUUGUACAAAGUAACAAUUUGAAAAAACACAUGAAAAUACACACUAGAGAAAAACUCUUCACCUGUUCAAUCUGUGGUAAAGAUUUUGUACAAAGACCGCAUUUAAAAGUACACAUGAGAAAGCACACUGGUGAAAAACCUUUUUCUUGUUCAAUCUGCGGUAAAUGUUUUACACAAAGUCAGAGUUUGAAAAGACACGUAAGAUUGCACACUGGAGAAAAACCUUUUACCUGUUCAAUAUGUGGCAAAGGUUUUGUACAAGGUCAAAAUUUGAAGGUACACAUGAAAAUACAUACUGGUGAAAACACCUGUCCUGUUCAAACUGCAACAAACUUUUCUGAGAGAUCAAAACGGAUAACACACAUGAGAACACACACAGAUGAGAAAGUGUUUAGUUGCAGUGUGUGUGAUGAAAUAUUCUCUUAUAAGUACCAGUGUAAGAAACACAAGUGUACUGGUAAAAACAGCAGCAAAUGAAGCUGCAGGAUUUUCAAUCAACCAUCAAGACUUUGAUAACUUUGACUUUCUAAUAACAUCAGCACAAAUUAAAUGUGUGACAUUGUUGUGUAUGUAACACAAUGUUGUCAGUAUGCUUCCAUCAUUAAUAGAUUAUAUAUUUUAGAUGAGUGGUUUUUCAAUCAAGUACAUGCAUUAAAAUGCAACAUUGUUUACAUUUAUUUAAAAAGGAACAGCAGAAUUUGACUGAAAAUGUGAGAGUAAACAGUACAAAACAUGUGUUACACACAAUGAAC